AUGCCGUCGGCCCGGGCCGUCGUCCUGACCGCCCUCCUGCUGGCCCUGAUGGCCGCCGUGAGCGCCAGAGCGGCCAGAACCACCCGCUGGCCCCGGCCGCCGAGCACCAAGAAGCCUCCCCGGGCCGGGGGGGGACGCACCACCGCCGCCGCCACCACCACCACCACCGCCGCCACGGCGCCCGCCUCCAGCAGCGUGCACACCGAGGAGACCACCGAGGCGCUGAUGGACGCCUACACCCUGUCCUCCACCGACAGCACCACCUACUCCAGCGACCCCUACUCCACCGAGUUCCACGGCGAUGCCCCGGCGCCGCCGGGGGGCGCGCGGGGAAACUUCACCCUGGACUACAGCGAGUGCUUCUUCAACUUCUGCGAGUGCUGCCCGCCGGAGAGAGGCCCCGCGGGGCCCGCCGGAGGGAGGGGCCCCCCGGGGCAGCAGGGGGAGCGGGGCCCUCCGGGUUUUCCUGGAGAGAAGGGCGACCCGGGGCCCAGGGGACCUCCGGGACCCGCAGGACUGCCCGGAGCCAACGGUCUCAAUGGGGACAUAGGUGAGAGAGGCCAUCCGGGACCCGCGGGCCUGCCUGGAGCCCCCGGCGCGCCUGGCAAACCCGGAGAUAAAGGUGACCCGGGCCAGAGGGGAGAGAGGGGUGAGCGAGGCUUCAGCGGGCUGAAAGGAGACCCGGGAGAAAGGGGAGAGCCCGGCCUGAACGGGACGAAGGGGAACGCCGGGCGAGAGGGGCCCGCCGGCCCCCCGGGGCCUCCCGGGGCAAAGGGUCAGAGAGGCGAACAGGGACUGACCGGAGAGUGUUUACCGGGGGAGAAGGGUGACGUGGGCGAGCGCGGGCCCCCGGGGCCGAGAGGAGAUCCGGGAACCAACGGAACCGACGGAGCCAAGGGACCGCGGGGAGAGCCGGGGCCUCCGGGAGGGAAGGGGGACGCCGGGGCGAGAGGGCCCCCGGGACCGCCGGGCGGGCGGGGCUCGGCCGGGCUCAGGGGGGAGAGGGGCCCAAAGGGGGGCCGCGGCCCCCGGGGCCCGAAGGGCUCGCCGGGGGAGAGCGCGGAGCCGGUGCGCUCGGCGUUCAGCGUGGGCCUGUUCCCCAGCCGCUCCUUCCCGCCGCCCGGCCUGCCCGUCAAGUUCGACAAGGUGUUCUACAACGGCGAGGGCCACUGGGACCCCGCCCUCAGCAAGUUCAACGUCAGCUUCGCCGGGGUCUACCUGUUCACCUACCACCUCACGGUGCGCAGCCGGCCCGUGCGCGCCGCCCUGGUGGUGAACGGCAGCAGGCGGCUGCGGACGCGGGACUCGCUGUACGGCCAGGACAUCGACCAGGCCUCCAACCUGGCGCUGCUGCCGCUCGGCGCCGGGGACCAGGUGUGGCUGGAGACCCUGAGGGACUGGAACGGCGUCUACUCCAGCGGCGAGGACGACAGCACCUUCUCCGGCUUCCUGCUUUAUCCCGACUCAAACGGCAAGCCGGCGCCGACCGAGAACCUGUGA